AUGUCUAUUGGUAUUCCAACAGCCGCUUUCCGGGAAAUCAUUGAAUACAUCCAUCGCGAUCCGCAAUGGGACACCAUCCUCAGAGCAUGCAUGCUAGUGAACAAAGCCUGGGCAAAAAUCGUAAUACCUGUUUACUGGAAAGCACCUUUCAAAAGGAGUACAACCGUCAACGGCGAAAUAAUGAAAUCAUCGACCUUGAUUCGGUUACUUAACGAAGAAGAAAGAUCAGAAAUUCGAUUUCAACUGCCUCCAAUGUGGUUGUCUACCGUGCUCCCAUACCCUUACUUUAUAAAGGAACUUGAUCUGUAUGCCAUGUUCGAAUCUGUUGGAGCUUGGGUUGAUAGCGCUACUAAAGCCGCACCUGUUGCCGACAGCGGUGUGUCCAUGGAUUUGUUUCUUUCUAAUCAGAUGAAUCAAAUAAUACAGGCGCUGUUGAAGAUGUUUGAUCGGUAUUCGGCGAGGUUGAAUGUGCUUGGUUUGAUUAUGAAGUAUAGCAGGCAGUAUUACUUUAGGGCUGCUGAUGCGAUUGCGUUAUUUUGUGACAAGGAUGAAACGUUGUUUUCCGAUACCAACAAGAUAAUCAUUGAUGGAGAAUGUAGAGACAAUGAGCUAUACAAGGCGUUAGCAAAAACAUGUCGGCGCGUGGAACAUCUCGCCAUAACAGUGGACAGUAUAACAGGAGACUUGACAAAGUGCCACAACCUCUCCCUUCUAAUUUCUGCACAACAAUCCUUAGUCUCUCUCUCUUUAUGUAUAACCAUGAUAUCAACCAGCAUGGGUCUUAAUUUCAUUCACCAAGCCAUCUUGGAUCAGUCAAAGACUUUAUCCUAUGUCCAGUUUGAUGGCUUUGAUUUCUCCCACUCGGAGCCACUUCAUAAAUUAGCCUUGUGCAAAUGUCUGAAGAAACUGGAAUUUAUAAAUUGUCAAGGGUUAAAUUCUAUAAUGAUUUUUCCCUUAACUGUUGCCGACUUUCCAGUGUUAAAAGAAGUUGUUGUCAAGAAUAGCGAGCAUGGAAUGUUACAAGGAUGGGCAAGAGGGAUGAAUGCUAGAUCAAGAAAGUUAUGA